CUCUUAUCCAUAGAGCUGUAGUCAAAAAUCCAUGCAGCUGUAGGCUGAAGACAAUGGCUUUAAAUUCAGAAAAUCUUUUUCUUAAUAGAGCAAAAAUCGUUAUGAAAAUUAUGGGAGUAUGGAUUCCACCACCAAAUGAAUCGAUAAUAAGUAAAAUCUACAAAUUUAUAAUGAUGUUUUUCCAAUAUUUGAUCUUGCUUUUUUUAAUAAUUUAUGUAUUUCAAAUGUGGGGCGAUUUGGACGCGGUCUCUCAAGCAUUCUACGUAUUGUUCACUCAAGCCAGUCUCUGUUUUAAAGUCACAGUGUUUCUGGUGAACAAGAACAUGUUAAUGCAACUGCUAAAGCAAAUGAAGUCUGACAUUUUUGCACCGAAGUCUGCUGAGCACGAGAGUAUCUUAAUUCUCUACGCAUCGAAGAUUAAAAGAUUGCUCCUCAUGUUUAUGAUAGCUGCCCAAACUACUUGCGCCUUGUGGGCACUAAAACCUUUGUUUGAUGAUGUGGGUAGCCGCAAGUUUCCCAUCGAUAUGUGGAUGCCGGUGACCUCCGAGAAUUCUCCUCAGUACGAGCUGGGCUUCGUGUUCCAGUUUGUAACCAUAACCAUCAGUGCCUACAUGUAUUUCGGCGUGGACAGCGUUGCACUGUCCAUGAUUAUGUUCGGCUGUGCACAGAUCGACAUCGUGAAGGACAAGAUAAUGACUAUUGUUUCAAUACACGAUGCAAAAGAAGACGAACGUAAAAAAAUAUUGCAGGAUAACCAUAAAAAGUUGGUAGAGUGCGUGAUCCAGCAUGGAGCCAUAGCAUCAUUUAUUCAAAUUACUGAGAAUGCGUACCACACUUAUUUGUUUUUCCAACUUACCGGUUCAGUUGGGAUCUAUUGCAUGUCAGCAUUACGGAUAUUAGUGAUCGAGUGGCAGAGCAUGCAAUUCUUCUCUAUAGUGUCAUAUCUAUUCGUCAUUACCAGUCAGCUGUUUAUAUUCUGUUGGUGUGGACACGAACUUACUGCUACAAUCGAGUGGCAGAGCAUGCAAUUCUUCUCUAUAGUGUCAUAUCUAUUCGUCAUUACCAGUCAGCUGUUUAUAUUCUGUUGGUGUGGACACGAACUUACUGCUACAAGCGAAGAUCUCCAUACAGUAAUGUACAAGUGUUUAUGGUACGAACAAGAUCUGAAAUUCAAACGCGAUCUGUGUUUCGCAAUGAUGCGCAUGAGUCGCCCGAUGAUUUUCCGUGCUGGUCACUAUGUAAUGCUCUCACGGCAGACCUUCGUAGCUAUUCUUCGAAUGUCCUACUCUUAUUUUGCUGUUCUGAAUCAAACCAAAAAGAACAUAUUUCCUACGUUAACAUAUUAUUUCAAUAUGUCGUAUAAUAAUGCGAAACUAUUUUUAGAAUUGCCUACAUUUUUAUUAAAAUACCUGGGCUUGUGGAUCGUGUCGGAGAGAUUCAAAACUUUAAAUAAAAUCUAUCGAACUUUCGGUUUUGUCCUUCAUUAUAGUGUCUUGCUGUCGAUUUUAAUAUAUUUGGCAGUAGUUUGGGGUAAUAUUGAUGCUAUGUCUAAUGCAUUGUACAUAUUAUUCACACAAACGUCGACUUGUUUCAAAAUAACAGCGUUUACUGUUAAUAAAAAACGUCUUUUACACUUAUUGGCGUUCAUGAAUACAGAAAUAUUGUUGCCUAAAACAAAACAACAAGAAUGCAUUUUAAUGAUGCAGGCUCGUAAAGCAAGAUAUUUGACCAUAUUUUUGGUGGCAGCGGCCAAUAUAAACGUUAUGGAAUGGUGUGUAAUACCUUUGCUGCACCAGGAUGAGCCUAGAACUUUUCCUUAUACAAUGUGGAUGCCUGUGGAUACGCAGAAGUCGCCAGACUAUCAGCUGGGGUACUUCUAUCAGGUCAUGUUUGGAGUGAUGUGCGCCACCAUGUUCAUGGCCAUUGAUGCUUUCAUUAUAUCCUCAAUCAUGUUCGCUUGUGCACAACUUGAUAUCAUCCGGGAUAAAAUUCAAAAGGUUCAAAGUGUAGAAUUGAAGCAGGGAAUAAAUCUCACAGAGAAAUACGAACGUUGGAGAGACAAUAAUAAGCUCUUUGACGAAUGCAUUACUCAACAUCAGUCGAUAAUACAAUUCGUGGAGCUUGUAGAGUCUUUGUUCCACUUCGGUAUAUUCUUCCAACUCAGUGGAUCCGUCGGUAUAGUUUGCAUGCUGGGAUUUAGAUUGUCUGUGGAACCGCCAAAUACAUAUGAAUUCUACUCUUUAUUGAAUUACAUGGUCAAUAUGCUGGCACAAGUGUACUUUUAUUGCUGGAGCGGCAACGAGCUAACAAAACGGAGUCAAGACCUUCGCAACGAACUCUACCUGUCCCAAUGGUAUGAACAAGACGCCUCAUUCAGAAAGAAAUUACCUUUCGCUAUGGAAUGCAUGAAGAAGCCGAUAUUGUUCAAGGCUGGCCACUUUAUAACGCUGUCCAGACCUACUUUUGUAUCAAUUCUACGUUGUUCAUAUUCAUACUUCGCUCUUUUAAAUCAAGUCAAUAAUAAGCAAUAAAACAAAUAAUUCAUCUAUUCGUUGAAUAUUAGUUGAAAACUUCAUUUUUUAACGUUCGCACCGUAGAAAGAGUUAGUAA